GCGGUCAGCGGGAGGCGGAGCUUGGCGCUGCCGUCCACGGUCCGCCGCAGCGCCGUCCCGCCCGCCGCGGCCUCCGCAGCGCGACCCGAGCCCCCGCUCCCUGUCAGGAACAUGUCCGCUCCACCAGCUCAGCCGCCCGCGGAAGGGGCAGAAGGGGCCGCCCCGGGUGGGGGUCCCCCCGGCCCCCCUCCCAACUUGACCAGCAACAGACGAUUACAGCAAACGCAGGCACAGGUGGAGGAGGUGGUGGACAUCAUGCGCGUGAACGUGGACAAGGUCUUGGAGAGGGACCAGAAGCUUUCGGAGCUGGAUGACCGAGCCGACGCCUUGCAGGCCGGAGCCUCCCAGUUUGAGAGCAGCGCUGCUAAGCUAAAACGGAAGUACUGGUGGAAAAACUGCAAGAUGAUGAUCAUGUUGGGGGCCAUCUGCGCCAUCAUCGUGGUAGUUAUAGUAAGCCUGAGAAUAAGCACCUAGUGAUUGCAGCCGAGUAAGGACCCCCCCCUCCUUCUCCCAGAAGGAGCUGUCUCUCCCUCGCUUCCCUCCUCCCCUCUGUGUUUUCUGGAACAUUCUAUGUCAUGCGCGUGGGCACCCCAUAAUUGCAUCCCGCCGAGGUCUGCGAGUCUGUGCAUUGCCGUUUUGGGCGUCAGAAGGAAAUCCCCCUCGUUGUACAUUUUUAUCUUCAUUUUUGUCUGAUCGCUGGGGAUUUUUUCAAGUGGGGCUCAGAGUCAGCUGGGGGGGGGGGGUGCAAGGGUGCCCUGUGUCCCGGGGGGGGCAGGGCUCAGGCCUGCGCCCCGGCCUCUGGGACCCCUCAGCCCCCAUGUGAACUCUCCUGGCCUCGUUCUCUUCCUUCAUUCCUGGAUGCUUCACGCACACACCGUGGGCCCCGAGGACGGCAGGCUGUGUGGGGUAAACUGGAGGGCUGGAGUGGGGGGGGGAGCUGACAGAAUGGGGACCCCACAGCCUCGGUCCUUCCUCUUCUGAUGGACGCCCAGCCAGGUUGAAGCCCAUUUCUCACAUGGCAGCAUUUCACCCCCCAAAACCAUCCUUCUUUCCCCUUUUCUUCCCUAAUGCCUGUACCCCACAUUCCCUCCUCCCUCUGCCCCCCCCACCCCUCCAGGCAGGCCUGAAGAGCUGGGAGGAAAUAUGGAGGCCGCCCUCCCUCUCCUGGGGUCUCCCCAAAGAUCUACCCACUAGCCUUUGAUGCUUCCUUCAGGGAGACACCCCAGAAGCGCCCCUGGGCCCAGCCCUAGCUUGGAGGCCUCAUUUCCUGGGGUCCUGGGGGGUGAGGCCAUCUCCUUUUCUUUCCUCCCGCGUCUCUGCGCGGCCCCUCCCGCCCACCACUCACGCGCAUGCGCAGAAGGGCAAGCACAUCCCGCGCGGGCCCCCAAACUCUCCACCCCUUCUUCCGUUGGCCACGAGCGGGCUGUGGGCUUUCCUCUGCGUGUCUGUCACCCGACCCUCGUGUCACACAGACAAUGGCAGCAUCUCCCUCUCCACCAAGGCAUGUGGCUUCCCUUACCAAUCCAUGUAUUCUGCACAAAGGCAAAAAACAAACAAAAAUACAAACUCCUCCCACCCA